AAAUUAUUUAUAAUGCUUAGAUGCCUAGAAAGCGCCUGAAGCUUUUAUUGAAAACGACAAAAAAACUCUAAACCAAUUCAUGAGUAUGUUGGCCAAUAUGUAGAAAUAGAGGUUCAAUUAACACGACUCAAACUCAGGUGGAUCCAGAUCCAGAUUUGAUCUUAAGUGUUAAUUACAUUAGCUAUUGUCUCAACUUUCUGCAACAGCUAUAAAAGCCAUCUCAGAUUUUGAUAUGGAGCAGUUAGAAUCUUGAGUAAAACCCAAAAACUUCUAAGUACUUAUUUUACCAUGAUGAAGUGCAUUUUCGUUUUCGCCUGCCUUUCGAUAGCCCUGUGCUUGGCUGCUCCUGCUCCGGAAGCAGAGAUUGUUAACCUGGUGUCCGAUGUGAAUGCCGAUGGUUAUAGCUAUCAGUUCGAGACGAGCGAUGGCACCAAGCAGGAGCAGCACGGUUCCCUGAAGAACCUGGGUCCCGAGGAGGAUGCACUGCAGGUGGCCGGAUCGUACAGCUAUACGGGAGACGAUGGUCAGACCUAUGCGAUCACUUACAUUGCCGAUGAGAACGGAUUCCAGCCCCAGGGCGAACAUAUUCCUCAUCUAUAAAUUGAUCUACUCCUUAGAGUCGUUGUAACUAAACUAGUAAUAAAAGGGUUUUGUCUAACCAAAUUUAAGAAUCAAAUUCAAAUCUCACGAAUAAUAAGUUUAAAAAAUGUAAAUUAAGAACUUUAAAUGUAUAUAUAAUUAUGCUUUGAGAAUGUAAAUCAGUUUAUAUAAUAAAGAAUAUAUUGGAUUGUUAUUAUCA